UAUGGAGGAAGGAAUAAAUGCAAGAUGGCUCCUCAUAUAAAAUCAGCCUCCUGGCUUCUCUAUUGCGAACAACAAAAUAAGUCUUUAUAUCUCAUUAGAUUAAAACAUUUUUCUGGUAGCAGUUCUGCGGGAUAAUUUAAGCUUUACGGUGAUAUACGUGUAACUUAAGGCAUGAUCCUGUGACGCCAGUUGUUCGAGAGAAAAGCGGGACCUAUUUAGAAACUAUGAAUUAGGAGCACUCAUCUCGACUGUCUGGCUUUGGAAGGCAGCGCGACAGAUCAGGGCCUCUAUUCAGGAAACCUAUUUUUUAAAAAACAGUGUAUCAAAACUAUUAAAUUCAUGGUGUCUUUGUACGCUUGCCCGGAUUACAGAAUAGCACAGUGACGCUCUGGAUCACAGCAUGGCUGUUUCAAGGCUUGACCGUCUGUUCAUUCUGCUGGACACGGGUACAACUCCAGUGACUAGGAAGGCUGCAGCCCAGCAGCUGGGGGAUGUUGUCAAGCUCCACCCACAUGAGCUUAACAACCUGUUAUCUAAGGUUAUAACAUACUUGAGAAGCCCAAAUUGGGACACACGCAUUGCAGCUGGCCAGGCAGUGGAAGCCAUUGUUAAGAAUAUUCCCGAAUGGAGUCCAGCCCCCAAGCCUAAAGAAGAGUCAGGCUCGGACCCAUGUCUGGAAGAUACCUCAUCGGACCGACUCAGCUUCUACAGGUUUGACAUCAUUCGUCUGCUGAAACAUGGUGCAUCUCUUCUUGGGUCUGCUGGAGCUGAGUUUGAAGUCCAGGAUGACAAAUCAGCUGAGGUGGAUCCCAAGGAGCGGCUGGCCCGCCAGAGGAAGCUGCUGCAGAAGAAACUAGGUCUGGACAUGGGGGCUGCCAUUGGGAUGGACACAGAGGAGCUCUUCAAUGAUGAGGACCUGGACUACUCUCCAAGCUGCAACCCUGGAGGGCAGAAAGCCUCAGGAGCAAAGGCUUCGGUCUGUCCGACCUCACGCAACCACCACACGACUAUGCAGGCAGCUGAGCUGAUAGAUUCGGAGUUCCGGCCAGGCAUGAGUAAUCGACAGAAGAACAAGGCGAAGAGGAUGGCCAAGCUGGUGGCCAAGCAAAGAUCAAGGGACAUGGACACCAAUGAGAAAAGCAACGACAGCUUUGAAGGGGAACCCGAGGAGAAACGCAGAAAAACCACAAAUGUUGUUAUUGAGCAACCAGCGGUGGAGCACAAAGUCUUAAUAGAUAACGUUCCAGAUAACUCAAACCUGUUUGAGGAGACGCAAGAAUGGCCACUAGAGAGUUUUUGUGAUGAGCUCUGCAAUGAUCUUUUCAAUCCAUCUUGGGAGACCCGCACUCGUCCCAUUGGCCACCUCAGACCCGCACUCGUCCCAUUGGCCACCUCAGACCCGCACUCGUCCCAUUGGCCUGUCACGAUGCGCCUGGCAGCCAAUGUACUUUUGUGUUUUUUGUCUUCCAGCAUCCAGCAGUCGCUCACUGUUCUUGUGCCUCGGGUCUGGCCAUUCCUCCGCCACACAAUAUCCUCCGUUCGCAAGGCAGCACUAGAGACUCUCUUCACCCUCUUAUCCAAAGCUGACCAGAGCUGUGCCGAAUGGCUCACCCCCAUCCUUCAGGACGUGCUGAGGCACAUUUUCCAGUCAUGUAUCCUGGAGAGCAACCAAGAGAUUUUGGAACUUAUCCAGAAGGUUUGGACUGAGCUGAUCAGCCAGGCCCCGCAGCAGUAUGUGGUAGCGGCCAGCUGCCCGUGGAUGGGGGCCUGGCUCUGUCUUAUGAUGCAGCCCUCUCAUAUUCCCAUAGACCACAACAUGCUGCUGGAGGUGAAGGCACGCUCCAAGGAAAAGUCAUGUGGGAAGGCCCGGCAGGGCCCCAAUCAGGUGAAGGAGACCAUCCAGGAGUACAUCGCUGGUGCAGAAACCGUGACGGAAGACCCUGCCACGCGGGACUACGUGGUGAUGCGAGCCCGUCUCAUGGCUGCCAAGUUACUGGGGGUGCUGUGUCACUGCAUCUGUGACCCCCGGCUCAAUGCCACCACCCAGGAAAUCCGGCCCGCCGAGUCACUGGCCCAGCUACUGCUCUUCCACCUGAACUCCAAGUCAGCCCUGCAGCGCGUCGCUGUGGCCCUGGUGCUGUGCGAAUGGGCAGCUCUGCCCCAGGAGUGCAGAGUCGUGUCCGGCGCUGUGCAGCCGCGCUUACUGGCCAUCCUGUCGGAGCACCUUUACUACGACGAGAUUGCCAUCCCCUUCACCCGCAUGCAGAAUGAGUGUAAGCAGCUUAUCGCCCUGCUGGCCGACGCCCAGAUCGACGUCAGCGAACGAGUCAACUGCUCCGUGUUCACCAUCGAUCAGGCCAACGAGCUGGUGACCACCAUCUUCUCCGAGUGCACGGCCGGCAUAAACGUGAAGUCCCGGUGCUGGCAUCCGCUGGACAGCAAGCGGCAGCAGGCUCUGUCCACGGUGGGCGAGACCAGUCAGGAGUGGCAGCUGCUGCACCUGCGCGUGCACAUGUUCGCCGCCUGCGCCACCGUCAACCUGCAGGUGCUGCCCGACAAGCUGAACCCGGUGAUCCGGCCGCUGAUGGAGGCGGUGAAGCGGGAGGAGAACACGCUGGUGCAGGGCUACGCGGCGGCCUUCAUCGCCAGGCUGCUGCGGCAGUGUGCCAUCCGCUCGCCCUGCCCCAAUGGCAAGAUCAUAAAGAACCUCUGCAGCUCUGUGUGUGCAGACCCCCUGCUCACGCCAUCUGCAGCCUGCCCUGUCCCACCUACCCAGGAGCCCGUGAAAGCUGGUGUGUCUGAUAAAGAUGGCAUGAACCACGUGGUCAACAAGACGAAGGGGAUCAUCACACUGUACCGUCACCAGAGAGCAGCAUUUGCCAUCACGAGUAAAAGAGGCCCCGCCCCCAAAGUUCAGAAGACCUCACCCACAGAUUUGCCUACUGGCAGCAUGGUUGCCAUAGACACGGAUGAGAGUAAAAAGCCGUGUCUCAUUCAGAGAAGAGGAGCCGAGUUCUCCCUGAUGACCAUCGCCAGGCACUUUGGCACCGAGAUGACAGCAACGCUGCCCUGCCUCUGGGAUGCCAUGGUGGGGCACCUGAAGGGGGUUUGUGACGGGCAGGAACGUUCUCUGGACUGUAACCUGCUGCUGGAGAAAGGAGACGCCGCAGCCCAGGAGCUCAUUAACUCUCUGCAGGUGCUGGAGGUGACAGCGGGGGCCAUGUCCUCCGAGCUCGUCCCCCUGCUACUGGAACACCUGCCACACCUCUGCACCUGCCUGCAGCAUCCCUACACGGCCGUCCGUCACAUGGCCGCACGCUGCUUGGGCGUGCUCAGCAAGAUCGCUACCUUGGAAACCAUGAACGUCUUCCUGGAGAAGGUGCUGCCAUGGUUGGGGGCGAUAGACGACACCACCAAGCAGGAAGGUGCCAUGGAGGCCAUGGCCUGCGUGAUGGAGCAGCUGGACGUGGACAUCGUGCCCUACAUCGUGCUGCUGGUGGUGCCGGUUCUCGGCCGCAUGAGCGACCCGAGUGACAGCGUCCGUUUCAUGGCCACGCAGUGCUUUGCCACGCUUAUCCGCCUGCUACCUUUGGAGGCCGGCAUCCCAGACCCCCCGAACAUGUCGGAGGACCUGAUCAGGCAGAAGGCCAGGGAAAGGCACUUCCUGGAGCAACUUCUAGAUGGGCGCAAGCUGGAGAGUUACAAGAUUCCUGUUCCCAUCAAAGCGGAGCUGAGGAAAUACCAGCAGGAUGGAGUCAACUGGCUUUCGUUCCUGAACAAGUACAAGUUGCACGGCAUCCUGUGUGAUGACAUGGGAUUGGGGAAAACACUGCAGUCCAUCUGCAUCAUGGCAGGGGACCACUUCCUCAGGUCUCAGGAGUUUUCCAAAAGCAAGGCUGCGGACUGCUGCCCCCUGCCCUCCCUUGUGGUAUGUCCUCCCACGCUGACUGGCCAUUGGGUGGACGAGGUGAGCAAGUUCUGCUCCAAAGAGUAUCUGAACCCCCUGCAUUACACCGGACCUCCCACAGAGCGCAUGCGGUUACAGCAUCAGGUGAAAAAGCACAACCUCAUCGUGGCUUCGUAUGACGUUGUACGCAACGAUAUUGACUUUUUUAGGAAUAUUAAAUUCAACUAUUGUAUACUGGACGAAGGCCACGUGAUAAAGAAUGGGAAGACGAAGCUGUCCAAGGCAAUCAAGCAGCUGUCUGCCAACUUCCGGGUCAUCCUCUCCGGCACGCCCAUUCAGAACAAUGUGCUGGAGCUAUGGUCUCUCUUCGACUUCCUCAUGCCCGGCUUCCUGGGCACUGAGCGCCAGUUUGCUGCCCGCUAUGGGAAGCCCAUCCUUGCCAGUCGUGAUGCCAAGAGUUCGUCCCGGGAGCAAGAGGCGGGUGUGCUUGCCAUGGAAGCACUACAUCGGCAAGUUCUUCCCUUUCUUCUGAGGAGGAUGAAGGAAGAUGUGCUUCAGGAUCUGCCACCUAAAAUCAUCCAGGAUUACUACUGCAAUCUCAGCCCCCUGCAGGUGCAACUGUAUGAGGAUUUUGCCAAAUCUCGGGCAAAGGUAAAUGUGGAAGACACUAUCUCAACAGCCAUCGUGCCAGAGGAAGAAGACACACCUAAGCUAAAGGCGACCGGCCACGUGUUCCAGGCUCUGCAGUACCUGAGGAAGCUCUGCAAUCACCCCGCCCUGGUUCUGACUCCUAUGCACCCUGAGUAUAAGCGCAUCACUGAGCAGCUCGCGGCCCAGCACUCCAGCUUGCGGGACAUCCAGCACGCCCCCAAACUCUCAGCACUCAAACAGCUGCUCCUGGAUUGUGGCCUAGGAAGUACAGGCUCCUCCGACGUGGCCACUGAGGCGGUGGUGGCCCAGCACCGUGUGCUGAUCUUCUGCCAGCUGAAGAGUAUGUUGGAUAUUGUGGAGCACGACCUGCUAAAGCCCCAGCUUCCUUCCGUCACCUACCUACGCCUGGAUGGCAGCGUGCAAGCUGGCUUGCGCCAUUCCAUAGUCUCCAGGUUCAACAAUGACCCGUCCAUAGAUGUUCUUCUGCUAACCACCCAUGUAGGUGGACUGGGUCUUAACCUCACAGGGGCCGACACGGUGGUCUUCGUGGAACAUGACUGGAACCCGAUGAGGGAUCUUCAGGCUAUGGAUCGUGCCCACAGGAUAGGACAGAAACGUGUAGUGAACGUGUACCGCCUCAUUACCCGGGGCACAUUGGAGGAGAAGAUUAUGGGUCUGCAGAAGUUCAAGAUGAGCAUCGCCAACACGGUCAUCAGCCAGGAAAACGCCAGUCUUCAGAGCAUGGGCACAGAGCAAUUGCUCAACCUUUUUACCCUGGACAAGGAUGAAAAGUUGGAGAAAGGGGAGGCAUCUGCCGCUUCUUCUUCAGGAAAGGCCUCCAUGAAGUCUGUUCUGGACAGCCUGGGAGAUCUCUGGGACCAGCAGCAGUAUGAUGCAGAAUAUGACCUGGACAAUUUCAUGCAUUCUCUUCAAUGACCUGCCAAAGCAGUGACUCCUUUAUGAAAAGCUUAAAUCCUCUUCAGUCAAACCCACCCUACCCCACCCUGCAAUGUGACCCGGACGGCUUCCCGUGCUGUUUCUCUAACACCACGCCACGAUUGCUUGUGAAAGUGUACCGCACGUUCCAGUCACAAAGUUCUUUUUAAGCUCAGUCUUAAACCAUUCAUUUUCUUCUCAUUCUGAUAUGCACAAGGAAGUGAAGAUUUGGAUGAACAACUACACAGGUCUGUUUUGAGCAGAAGUCUCCUAUAGACGCCUCGGGCCACGUGAGCGCAUUAUGCCACCAUAGAGCUAUGAGCGGUACAUGUACUAGUGACAUUGUCUUAUGCAGUACAUGCAGUUUUGGACUGAAUAUCCCUACCCUCCACCCCCCCCACAUUUUUGUUUUUGCACAGCAAACCUCCAGGGGGUGCUCUUUUGCCUCCAAUUUUUUCCUUAAGCACAGAAUCUUCUCUCUUAUCACCUUCAAAACGGUCUGUGAAUUGCUUUUUAAUACCUAGUGAGUGAGUUCUAGCCAGUAUCCUCCCCAUCUAUCAGCCAAUCAUGGUAUUGUUCCUCUAAAUGUCCGCUUUAACACUGCAGUUCAUACAGGUACGCAAGUACUUAGGGUUGGAAAAUCACUGCUCCACAGCCUAUAGAGAGGAUCUUUUUAAAAAAAAAAAACAAAAAAAAAAAAAACAAAACGUGGAAUUGUAAAUAUUUAUGUACUUGCUCUUUGUUUAGGCUGAUAGAAUUAAUAAAUUCUUAAGAGCUUUCGUGA